CACAUAUACACACGCCCUUUGACCACUGAAUAACCGUUGACUUUGUGAGCCCCCUGAUAUUGGGCGAACACAUUUAUUUGACGAAGAAGCAAACAAGCAAUAAAACAAGGUUGCGCAGUCCACUGUGGGAGAACGCUGCUCUCGUGGCAAUUGAGUUCAGAGCCGAAGAAAUCGUAUGACGUCUGCUGUUUCUAAACAAAUUGACAGGAAGACAGCGGAGUGGAGUAGAGAGCAAACGGGGAUAGCUGAUAACCUAGCAAAUAUUAGUAGGAACACAACUACGCAGAUACGAUAUGCGCUUGUUGGAAUCCACGUGAAGCGAUAUCACUAUAAUUAAAUGCUAUGCAAAUGAACGUGAUGGGUACAGUGAUCCUUAUUUUAGUUUUAUGCAUAUUGUAAUCUCGUGCGAUGAUAAUGCGCCGCACAUGCCAGGACGUUAAUGCCAUGCAAUCUUUAAGUUCAUGCAGCUACACCGUUCACAAGCUAUAGGCAUGCAAACACCAGGCCUCGUCAAGCUGCUCAAUGAGCAGCUUUUUGUCUGGGGUCCAUUUUUCCUCGAGGAAAAUAAAAACUGAUUCUGAUUCUGAAGACAGGCCCACCCAUCGAAACGUAGGCCGGCCGCUCUGAGGCACCUUAUCCCUGCACAUACAGCACAGCACAUACGGUGCAAUAUAUAUAUGCGGCCGGUGAGACUGCAAGGCACAUCCACCUGAAAAAAAAAAUUAUGUGGAUGACAUCAUUUUCGAGAUGUGCGUCGUCGAAAUUGCGGUAAAGAUGCACUGUCGUUCCACUUACUUGCGGGAAGAAUCGCUGCAUCAUCGGCAUUGUGUUGCAUUGUAUCGUCGAACACGGGGCGCACUUUGUGUGGCUUCCUUUCUGGUUACAGGGCCAGAAAAUCGGCGCCAACGCGAAAAGCGCUCUCGUCGUCGUAGAAUAAAACGUGGAAGCCAACGUUCGCUACGAGUGUGCAAUACGCUUCAUUGCCGGAGCACAAGGAGCGGCUAUAUAAUUGUUCACGGCACUUGUGACUGCGUUCUUAAAAUCGGACCGAACAGCGGAGAUCCCAGAAGCACCGUCGUAAUUUCCGAAUUUUGUUUCAGCACGGCUGCUAUACUGCCAGCCAACAUUCCUCCCUUGUUGUGUAGACGAUGAUUGGCACAUUAUGUCUAUAUAUGCGCGCUUACGGCUAAUUUCCAAGUGGAAAUAGCAUCAUUACGCUGUCCAUACAUGUGUUGCAAGAUAGAAACGUCGCUAUAGAUACGUUUUCAUUGGAUGGCUGCAGACGGCAGGUAAAAGAACGAGGAGCGUUCUCGCGGUUUGCGCCAGCGGAACGCGCGUAAAACCUCGGCAGAGCACGCAAUAAUUUCGUCCACCUGAGAAGCCCCCCGUUCGCCCGGGCGCAGAGAGAAAUGGCGCGGAUUCCACUAUAACGCGGUUCGCAAAAAGGCUAAGUGGCGCAUAGCUCUAAGCCCCGUGUGGGGCCCCCGGGGGGCGGAGGAGAGAAUCCGCGCAAGAUUUUGUAAGCAGAUUUAGCGCGAGCGCUUUGCGGCUUUCCAAAACUGGUGGCGCGGCGCGGGCUUCUCCUGCGCGGAUUAUCCGGCGCGCGGAUUUAGUCGGCUAAAGGGCGGCGGCGCGGCGCCCUGAAUCCCCGCCGCGUUUGCCCCCGACCGGAGGAGAUUCGAUUUCCGCAGCUGCCGUCUGCACGCGCCGCGCGCCAUUUUCAUAUGAAAAGCGGCGGGGCCCUCUUUGCAGUGCCGGAGGCGGAGCGGCGGCGGCAAGAGGAGCAGCGGCCGGGUCGAGUGGCAGGCGCGCAGCAGCAGCAGCAGCCGCCGCCGCGCCAGCGCCGCCACCGGACCAUCUUCAGCGAGCAGCAGCUAGCGCAUCUGGAGGCGGCGUUCGCGCGCACCCACUACCCCGACGUGGCGCUGCGGGAGCAGCUAGCCCUGCGCGUGCACCUGCGGGAGGAGCGAGUGGAGGUGUGGUUCAAGAACCGCCGGGCCAAGUGGCGAAAGCAGCAGCAGCAGCAGCAACAACAGCAGCAGCCGCUGGGUCCCGCCGGAACGCUGCUCCCGUGCUGCAUCAGCGAUGGGCCGGCCGACGUGGUGCACGACCCUUUUGCAGUAGUGCCUGGCCAUCAGUGCUCGCUGCUCACACCGGGUCGCUGCUCCCCGUGAGCGCAUCGUACCGUCGGGGUGCUAUCUUUGAGAUCGCCAGAUUUCGCCACGCUGUCAAAUUCUGUAAUGGCGGCGUUUCGAGCCAAUAGGAGGCGCCGCAGCAACCCUGCGGGCCAAUCAGGAAUGACAAUGAUGGCGGAUCCGACGUUGUGGCGGUAUUUGACGGUCUCCAGAAUAGCACCCCCCUUUCGCAAGUCGAACGCCAAAAAGAUAGUUCACGAUGCGCCAUUUUACAAUUGAAGGGUCGUGGAAUCGAUUGUCGACUCGUAUACAUGGCGGUGAAGACUCGUUCAAACGGUCUUCGCUGCUGUUUGUGAAUAAAUAUUGCGGCAUCUUCGUCUUUCUCGUGCA